UGUUAGCAGACCGGAAGUUAGCAGACCGGAAGUGUUCUGUUCGGAGGCUUCAUCGUUUGGUAACACGAUCACUGUUAUUAUGCGGUGUCAUGACAUUGAGAUGGACACUGACAGAAGUAAGAACCAUCUUUGGCAGUCUGUGGUUAACAUACAAACCUUGAUGGAUGAACCGAACAGUUAUGUGUAACGUGCAAAUGUUAGCGACGUUGAACACAACCCACGUCACAAACAGGAAGUUGGAUGUGACAAACGUGAAAAACAAACGGAAGCCGAGAGGUGCAGCGACCGAAGUGUAAAGUGGGAAUUAUUAGAUCGAAGGAAAUGGACACAGGGAAAAUACACGCGACUCCUUCUUCUGUCGUGGGGACGCAAACAACGAGGAAAUCCAUGUAAACACAGUUAGCGCGAAUCACUCUCCAGUUUGAUUGAAGCUGCUCACUUCGCCUCUUUGGGAACAUCACCAGUCCAGUUUCAGGGAUUUUCACCAGUCAUGUUUCCUACUAGUAAACACAAGGAUGCAGUUCUCAGUGGGGCCGGUGUCUUCUACCAGGCGAUGCCUGCUGUUGGAGCCGAUGGAAAGAAAAUCAUGACACUGAUUCCUGUAAAACUGGUUAAUGGACAGUUUAUCCGAUAUGAAAUACGUAAACCCAGUGUGGAUUCUACCAUACAGAAAGCUGUAAAUAUUUCCUCAGCACCACUUCCGAUAAAAAAGAUUGUCACGAAUGUGUCAAAUGUCUUGCCUAGUCGAGGUGGAUUGGAUCCUGGUAAUUCACGGAACAAUCAUCCUCAACAGCAACAGACUGAAAGUUUAAUGUCCAAAGUGCCGACAACGCCUGCAACAAACUGUGUGAACUCUGUAAGACUUCCAUAUCAGCUCCCAGUGAUGGUGAAAUCUCCAGCACUCCCCAAAGGACAGCUUCUUCAGAUUCCCCCUAAUGCACAUGUGCGAACAUUGCCAGCAUCUAAACUUCCUCCAGGUAUCAAGAAGCAGAUUUUUAAUUCAUCAGCCGAUUCCACUCCGGUUUCAGGCGUACCCAGUGUAGUCUUUGUGUCACCGGUCACCACAGUGAGUCAAUGUGCUGCUCCACCAUGGGAUUCUGGACCUCAGUCACCCAGGCUGCCUUCUCAGACAGAAAAAACAGCUAAAAUAUCGAAGCCACUCUUGAAAUUGAUUCCAAAAGCUUCACCAGGGCCUGACGGCCCUACAAGGUGGGUAAUUGAAGAAGAGGACACCUCAACUGCUUCAUAUAUGCAUUCUCAUUCUGUUACUUCUCAGAUUAUUCGAACAGUGGCACAGAGAGAGAAAACUGACCAGUACUAUAAUGUUUCUGAGUCUAUCCUGGACAAAAGUGGACAAGAUGGACAACAGGAUAAUGCCUUAAUCAUGUGCAACGGGAAGGUAUUUUUUGUGGCCAAAAACAGCAGUCUACUAUUUCAACAAGGAGAAAACGACUCACCCACAGCAGCAACAAAAAGUUCUGAAAUCAAGGAAACCACAGAACCUUUAUUCCAACACCCUGUGGAGCUAGCUGUACCUCAAACACAGCAGGACAUCAGCAUUAUUAUUUUAGAUGAGCCAGAUGAAGUAAUCGAUCUCUGUGAUGACAAUACUCAGGAUGACUCGCAACAAGCACCAUCAGUUAGCACGUCAGCAGUCUCUCAUCAGGAUGAUGACAACGUAAUAUUUGUGUCAUAUAUUCCACCAAAAUCUGAGGCUGAGUUGACACAUGAUUUAACAGUUGAGACACAAACAACAAUAGAAAAGGACAUUGACCUGCUGAGCACGAGCCACUCGGACAGUUUGACACAGGAGAAGAGCUUGGGUGGUAGAGCUGACGCUGAUGGAUGGGGUGAAGGCGCCACUCUUACUGGAGGAAGAUCAGGCACAGUUGAAAAUGUCACACAUGUUUGUGCUUCUGCCGGGACGAGUGUGAAUGAUGACAAGGGCUCAAACAUGAACAGUAAGCAGAGCACUUCCACCCAACAGGAGGGGAGCAUGGGAGGUGAUGUUGAUCCAGAAACUCCAGCAGAUGGCAGCAGUGAAGCAUGCUCUCACAAACAGGAGGAGGCCCCUCCAGGUUGUCAGACAUCUUCACCGGCACCUCCACCCUGUAAAAUGGCUGACCGUCAGCUGAGCCAGAUGUUCGGGAUUACAGUUGAUGUGAAGAUUUGCCUGCAGAGGAUUGAUGAGGCCUCAGCUGGACUUGCAGAGGCUCGGAGUAGUGAGUUUAUAAACUCAGCAGAGGAUCGGCAUGAACCAGCAAAUGGGUUGAAAGAGAAGGAACUCUUUCUGCAGGACUUCUACAGGUCCUGUGAAAACCAGAACGUUCAUGUGAAGAGAGAGGAAGUAGUAACUGAAUGGGAAAAGCCAGCAGAUGCGGCCACUGUAACUGCUCACACAGAUGUCAUGUCUUGUUCACCCAAGGGGGCGCCAUGUGGUGUUGAAAACACAACAUUGAUUGGCUAUGUGGAACCGAUUGAUGAGGACUUCCUCAAUGCAAACGAAAUCGCAGAGUUGCAGGAUGUAGCAACCCUUCGACAGUCUCAGACUUGUGUGGACCUGAAUACAAACACCAGCAGAAUAGGAAGGACGAGGAAACGCCCCAUGUGUCCAUGUUGCGUCCCUGGUACUCCGGAGCCUGCAGUGAAAUUCAAGUCAGAGGAGCUGGAGAAAUGGGCAUGCAGAACAGAGCAGAUCAGUAAAAAAGGGACACGAACAAAAGCUGCUAGAAAAGGUGUGAUAACAUCUGGAAACAGCUGUCUCACAGUCAGAAACAAUCAGAAAUCUAAGACUCAUGAGGUUCCAGCUGGGGACAGUUUGUCCUCAACAUCCACGGACCCAGAUGAACUACAGAGACUCAAAGAGCUUCUGAAAGAGAGGGAGGCAGCUUUAGAACUGGAACAUGGAACAGCAUGAGCUGAGACAAGUCUCACCUUCCAAACUAAUAUUCUAACAAAUAUGCUAACAUGUGUUUUAAAAAGUUUUUAGAAUAUCAUUUGUUUCAUUUGUUCUUUGUGAACCAACACUAGGACCAUGAGUCAGAAUACACAGGCCUUUUGUUUGACAGACACGCAACACGGGGCCAGGUCGGAACCAAACCAGCGAUCGCUGCAGGAGGACUCAAGCUUCCAUUUGCAGGGCGUCCGCUAGCUCACCUUAGCUGCUUUCAGACAUACACACAAAUGUCAGAGUGAGAGCCUCCAGAGUUUCUGGGGACUUUCCCCUGCCAGGCCCUUGUAAAAGUUGCAUAAUGUCUGAUUGAGCCAAUGUGACAACACAUCAGGAGAUUCUUCGCAGGAUUAAGCGUGAGUGGGUGGGUGUGUUGACGUUUCUAACAAGCCACAGAUGCCACUUUUUUUUUCAUAUAUCUCAAGAUAAAAAAGCACCGCCAUACAGCAUUUGGUCAUGAGGGUUGAAGCCUGUGUUGAUGUGCAGUAAACAAAAACACAUGAACCCUGGAGCAGAAUUUACAUGUCACGUCUUGUUUCUGCCUGCCACACCACCCCUUCUGUGUUCUGUGUAUGUCUGAGUGCAGAAUCUCCUGCUGUGUUGUGUACACUGUGUGCACAAUUAUUAGGCAAGUUGUAUUUUUGAGGAUUCAUUUUAUUAUUGAACAACUACAGUGCUCUCAGUCAAUCCAAAAUGUUAAUAAACCUCAAACCUGAAUAUUUAAGAAAAUAAAAGUGAGGUUUUGGCUUUCUUAGGAGAAUAUAUAUGUGUGCACAAUUAUUGGGCAACUACUAGUGUGCAGAAUUAUGAUGCAACUAAAUGAAAAACGAAAAAUGUACAAAUAAACAUUUCUGACAUUUCAAAAAAAAAAUCAGUGACCAAUAUAGCCACCCUUCUUUUCAAUAACAGUAAUAAGCCUUCUGUCAGUUUCUUGAUCUGUUGACGAUCAACUUUUUCUGCAGCAGCAACCACAGCCUCCCAGACACUGUUCAGAGAGGUGUACUGUUUUCCUUCACCGUAAAUCUCCCGUUUAGGAAGGGCCCACAAGUUCUCAAUAGGGUUUAGGUCAGGUGAGGAAGGGGGCCAUGUCAUUAUUCUUUCAUCUUUAAGGCCUUUACUGGCUAGCCACACAGUGGAGUACUUUGAUGCAUGCGAUGGAGCAUUGUCCUGCAUACAAAUCAUGGUCUUCUUGAAAGAUGCAGACUUUUUCCUGUACCACUGCUUGAAGAAAGUGUCUUCUAAAAACUGGCAGUAGGUUUGGGAAUUGAUUUUGAGUCCAUCUUCAACCUGAAAAGGUCCAACUAGCUCAUCUUUAAUAAUACCAGCCCAUACCAGUACCCCACCUCCACCUUGCUGGCGUCUGAGUCGAAGUGGAGCUCUGUGCCCGUUACUGAUCCAGCCACAGGCCCAUCCAUCUGGUCCGUCAAGAGUCACUCAUCUCAUCAGUCCAUAAAACCUUUGAAAAAUCUGUCUUCAGAUAUUUCUUGGCCCAGUCUUGACGUUUCAUCUUCUGUGUCUUGUUCAGUGGUGGUGGGGUUUCAGCCUUCCUGACCUUGGCCAUGUCUCUGAGCACUGAUCACCUUGUACUUCUGGGCACUCCAGGUAGGUUGCGAGCUUCACGUUUGAUUCUUCUCAAAUCUUUGCCAGUUAAUUUGCGUCUUUUUCUCAACACGUUUCUUGCGACCCUGUUGACUAUUUGCAACAAAACAUUUGAUGGUUCUGUGAUCACGCUGCAAUCAGUGCUGCAUCCCUCUGAAAGACUUUUUACAAUUUUUGACUUUUCAGAGUCAAUCCUUGAUAUAGGGUGUUGAUCUCCUUAGGCCACACCCUCCCUCAUUACACAAAUACACAUCACCUGAUAUGCUUAAAUCCAAUAGGCAUUCAAGUUUAUACAGCUUGGAGUUGGAAAAUAUGCAUAAAAAUGAUGAUAUGGUCAAAAUACUCACUUGCCUAAUAAUUGUGCACACAGUGUAUGUGUCAAACGCAAACUCCUGACAAAGUCUGGACCCAAUCCUCCAGAGACAGGAGUCUGAAAACAGCCGUAGUUGCGCGGGCGCCCAAAUACAUUGAUUUCUAUUUGCUAACACACAUCUGGUUCAUAGUUGUCAGUUACUAAACGUUAUUCCACACUCACCAUCCAGUCAGAGUCUUGAGUUUUAAUUGGCAGUUGUUGGUUUAGAAACAUGUGCUUUUCUACCCCUGUUUUGAGUCAAUAAAAUUUGUUUUGUAUA